AUGGCCUGGCCUCCAUCUGUGUUCCUGAUGCCCGUGGCCAUCACCAACCGCCUGGACGAGGACGGCGGGCCAAAGCUGGACCCGAGGAGGUUCGAGGAGAAGUUCGCGGUGCUGAAAUCGGGGGUCCACGAGUGCCGGUCCUGCGGGUACCGCUACGACCAGGCGGCGGGGGACCCGUCGUACCCGGUGCCGCCGGGCCUCCCCUUCGCACAGCUGCCUGACGACUGGCGGUGCCCCACCUGCGGCGCCGCGCAGUCCUUCUUCGAGAGCAAGAGCGUGGAGAUCGUCGGGUUCGCGCAGAACCAGCAGUUCGGGCUGGGCGGCAACUCCCUCACCUCCGGCCAGAAGGGCCUGCUCAUCUACGGCAGCCUCCUCAUCGGCUUCCUCUUCUUCAUCUCCGGCUACUUCCUGCAAUGAUGACGCCAACAAGGACUCUUUCUGAUCUGAUCUGCUUUCAGUUUGUGUGAAUAGAAUACUUCGUCCGUGCAUGUACUCCUCCCCACU